AAACGGACUCUAAAACGAGGGAAAGGAGGAAACAGUACUGAGACGUUGAGAACAGAGGACUCGUAAAACUACAGCGCGCCAUCAACAUCAGUGUUUAUCAUUAGGUUUUUAAAAUAAGAUAUUCUUACAAUUGCAAUUGGAGAAGGAAUAGCAGUUAUUCAACUAGUUAUCCAUUUGACUGUUUUAUUGAAUUGUCUUCGCAUCGGCUUCAUACUGAAAGGUAAGAUAUAUAUAUCGUAGGCUAUAGCCUACUGUAACUUAUGUUUUUCUAUACAUAUUUGUUUCCCAGUUCUAUUUUAACUAGCUUUGAACUUUCAAACGUGCGCUGUUGGUUAGAAUAUUUAAGCAAAAAGUAUCAUCAUUAUUGGUUGUGCUUUAAGUAUGCGCUGGUUCAGGAUCACCUUUCCUUUCCAUCUUGGCUAACGCCUCAAACCGACCUGGAAUCAGUUAAUGUCGUUACAGUUGUCUAUGUAUGUUGUGUAUAUAUAUAUAUAUAUAUAAUGUAAGCGCUUCAUACAGUAUAGACUCAAAUUGAAGUAAACUCAUAGGGAGUUUAUGAGAAACAUUCACAACAUUAUAAUGCGUGAAACAAUGUAGUGUAUAAUGCAGCCGCUGUCAUUUUGUUUCAGGAUAGUCAAUUAGUUUGAUGUUAAAAUGGUCAGAUCAGAUGUUUGAAAUGUAACUAAUAGCUGACAUAAAAUCCUAGAGCCAUACAGUCAAACGCCACAGGACCGUGUGCGUCACACCCCCACACAGCACAUGUUCACAUGUAUAACAAAACAACAGCUGGUGGAGUUUGUACCAACAUCAGUGACUAACAGCAUUCCUUGAAUAUUUAUUAGUGGACACACCUACUAGUUUUCUGGCACAUGAUGUGAAAACCCUGAAUUUGCAUUGUUAUUGUUUUUUAUUAAUAGUUUUUAUUUAAAUUGUGAUAUAGAAAUGCCUGUCAUUGUGUUAAAGUGUUUUUACUACAUGCAGCACUUGUUCUAAUGCCUAGGUCACCAUUAUCUCUACAUCAGUUACUCUGAGAUAUUGCUGAUAUUCCUUGUGACUGACUUCUCUCUCUCUUUCUCUAGGGAUGCAUUUGUUGAACAUGUCUACCAAAUGGCCAACCUACGACUCCCGCUCCUCCACCCCCAGCUUCCUCCUCAGUGAGAGCGACGUGACAGAGGACGAGGCAGACAUUGAUAUCUUCACCUCCGAAAGUGAGGGAGAUAGCUCAGGGGGUGGCAAGAACUGCUCAGUACCCUUCUCCCUGGCCAGGGGUGGCGAGGCAGCCCCUAGGUUACACUGGUCCAUGGCUGGGAGUGCAAAAGCGGAAUGCUUUCCCCACACCACCACCUACCCAUCCAUGGUGGCUUCCCCUGGCAGUGCUACGUUAAGCACAAAGGGAAGCACAGAGGAGACCACGCAAGGAGACUUGGCCUUCGCUCAGAAAGUGAGUUUUGUUGUUUGACUGAUUUGAAUAUACUGAGUUAAUGAUUCUCGCAUUCCAGGAACAUUAUCAGACAGUGGAUAUUAAUGUUUUCUGUUUCCCUUUUCUCUCCUAGUGUUCAGAGCUGCAAAGGUUUAUCAGACCCCUGUUGGAGCUUCUGAAUGGACUCAAGACGGGGAGAUUUGAGAGAGGUCUUAGCAGUUUCCAGUCGAGCGUUGCCAUCGACAGACUCCAGAGGAUCCUGGGUAUUCUUCAGAAACCUGACAUGGGGUAAGCAAACCAAACCAUCUUGUGUAUAGCAAGUAAUCAAGCAAACAGUAAUUUAUGGUGUAGUUACAAAUUUACUUUAAAUGCUUAAUGUUGUAAAAUAUUAUUAAUGACAGUACUCCUCUCUUUCCACAGAAAAAAAUUCCUCCGCACCCUCCUGCAGGUAGAGAUGAUGCUGAAGAUGUGGUUCCCCCAUGUGACCCCUGUCGCUGCCACCCAGAACCCCACACCCAGUCUUCCUCCACGAUGGCACCAAAAUCAGCUGUGCAUGCCAGUCAAGGUGGGUCUCUUACUGCUCUAGUUAUCGCUGUUUAAUAUAUCAUUGUCAUAAUGAUUCUCACAGCAGUCUAUAAGUAAGACUUGUAUCUCAUUUGUUUUUCUUCACUCUUGCUCCAUCAGAAGCGCAAGCUUAGCUGGUUGGACUCUGACUUCCCCAAUGCCGCCCCACCCAGCUGCAAGCGCCUGCAGUGCGAGGACAACUACCAGGAAAUGGCCUCACGAAACUCUAGCCCUUUGAGCACAGAUACCUAUAACCCGUCAUGUCUGACUGUCAGCAGGAGAAGAAAGGGAAAUAAGAGGCUUGACAUUUCACCUUGCUCUGCAUGUGGUAGCCCAGCCACACAAGACAGCCGUGUCUCCUCCACCCUCCUGGUCUUUCACUCACAUCAGCUCUCCCUCCAUGGACAUCAGCCACGGAGGUGCCACAGCGGGCCUGGCACAGUGAAGAUAGAGACAGAUAUUACAUCAGUGGAAACCCAAAGGAGGAGUCAGUCUAUCCCCACAUUACGGAGGUCUAUUAAACAAGAGCCGGCGUGGAGGACAUAAAACUGAACUCUGAAGUCAUUGCACCUUUUGACCAUCUUUCGUCCACUUUUGUCUGUGUUGGAGAGUGAUUUAUUUUUUUACAAACCGAAAUGUACUUGGGAAUAUUUUUUUAUGGUUGAUGUGAUAAAGCAGUGGUUUCAUUUUUCAAAUUUGUUCUUUUUUUAUACUGAUUACUGAUAUGAAUGAAGAUUUUCAACAAAAAUAGACAUACAAUCACAUGAAAUACACUAUGCAGAAAUAUAAAAGAAAAGAACAUCGCUCAAGAUUUAUGGAAUACCUUUUAACCUAACAUAAUAAUAAUAAUAUGCCAUUU